AUGGCGCCAGGUAUCAUGUGGGUCUCAUCGCGAAUUACGUAUCCGGAGCGGCUUUCGGUGGAUAAGUAUUCGGAUUGGUAUGAGAAUGAUCAUAUCAAAGAUGUCCUCAAAUUGCCUGGUGCUGUAGCCGCAGUGAGGUACCAAGCUAUGGAACGCCCAGUAAAGGAUGGAGGGGAGGAAAAGACGUAUAGUAGUGAGAUGCCUUGGUUGGUAGUCUACGAACUCCCGGACAUGGUGGGGUUUCGCGAAUCGGACGGGUUCAAGGAUAUCGCUCAACGCAAUCCGCCGACCAAACAGGAAAUUGAGACUAUCUACGAGAAUGUGCAGUUUUCUGUUCGGUUCUACGAGCAAGUGCAGAUUUUUGAGGGUGAAAAGGCGAAGGAGAAUGGCCCCGCAAAAUUCAUCAUUUCGGGCGCUCUCGAGCCCCCCUCCGACACCGCUUCCACCGCCGAUUUUGACAAAUGGUACCGCGAAGAGCAUAUCCCCCUGCUCUCCCGCAUGCCGGGCUUCAUUCGCUCACGGCGCUACGAGGUCAAGACUGCGUACACGCUCAACCAGCUUCAGCCCUCGGAUGAUAUGGGGAAAGUGCCAAAGUACUACGCGCUGCAUGAAUUUGCGAGUGAGGAGCUGCCGUGGAAGCAGAUUGAGGAGAGCGUGAGUACAGAAUGGUCAAAGAGAGUUAUGGGGAGUGUACAGAAGGCGGAGGGGGGAUGGUACAAGGUUAAGAGGGUUUAUCCUGAGAGUGAGUGGGGAAGUGUGGGAAAUUAA